AAAGUUCCACACUCCACAGUCCACACCCGCGCAAAAAACACAGCAAGGCUCCAUGAACAAGUUGGCAUCCUGCUUCCUCCAGCACGGAGCACCACACACCCAAAUCUUCAAGUCCUACCAUGUUCAGAGAUCCCCUUCGCUGCAGUUGCUUGAGAACCGAUCCGUUUCCAUGACCCGGCACCGCGCCGCGGACCGUGCUGCCAGAGGCACCAUCGUCGACGUCGCCGUCGACAGUGGCACCAGCUUCGACUUCGAGAGCUACCUGUCGGCCAAGGCCAGGGCCGUGCACGACGCGCUUGACCUUACCCUGCAGGGUCUGCGGUGCCCCGAGGUCCUGAGCGAGUCCAUGCGCUACUCCGUUCUCGCGGGCGGCAAGCGCCUCCGCCCCGUGCUGGCCAUCGCCGCGUGCGAGCUCGUGGGCGGGACCGCGGCCGCGGCCGUCCCGGUGGCGUGCGCCGUCGAGAUGAUCCACACCGCGUCGCUCAUCCACGACGACAUGCCGUGCAUGGACGACGACGCGCUCCGCCGCGGCCGCCCCUCCAACCACGUCGCGUUCGGCGAGCCCACGGCGCUGCUCGCCGGCGACGCGCUGCUGGCGCUCGCUUUCGAGCACGUCGCCCGCGGCAGCGCGGGCGCCGGCGUCCCCGCGGACCGCGCGCUCCGCGCCGUCGUGGAGCUCGGGAGCGUAGCUGGCGUCGGCGGCAUCGCCGCGGGGCAGGUCGCCGACAUGGCGAGCGAGGGAGCCCCCUCCGGCUCCGUGAGCCUGGGCGCGCUGGAGUACAUCCAUGUGCACAAGACUGCGCGGCUCGUGGAGGCCGCGGCCGUGUCGGGCGCCGUCGUCGGGGGCGGGGGCGACGGCGAGGUCGAGCGCGUCCGUCGGUACGCGCACUUCUUAGGGCUCCUGGGCCAGGUGGUGGACGACGUUCUGGACGUGACGGGCACGUCGGAGCAGCUCGGGAAGACGGCGGGCAAGGACGUUGCCGCCGGCAAGGCCACGUACCCACGGCUGAUGGGCUUAAAGGGAGCGCGCGCAUACAUGGGCGAGCUCCUGGCGAAGGCCGAGGCGGAGCUCGACGGGUUGGACGCCGCGCGCACGGCGCCGCUGCGGCACCUCGCGCGGUUCAUGGCGCACAGACAGCAUUGAGAUGGGGUGGAAGUGGAACUAUGGAAGUGGAUCUGGCCGGCUCAUCCGGAACACUUGAUAAAAGUGAUGCGUUGACUAUUAGUUUCUCAGACCUCAACAUCGAGUGAUUACUUUGCCCCGGCCCA